AUGAAGAAUUUUUUGAAGGUCACGAAGAUCGAUGUAGCUGCGAAGGCUGUUGGAGGGUUUGGUAAAAAAGUGAUAGGAGGAGUGAGUGAUGUUGGGAAGAAGGCUGUGACGAACCCAUUUGGGACGAUAGGAGAUGCUUUGAUAGGGAGCGCAGAGCAGCGCUCUGAUGUUGAUUAUUUAUUUAAAGACAAGAAAGUAGUGACGAAAGCUUAUGGUUCUUUAAUAAGGAAAGAUAUUAAAGAAGUUUCCUAUGGGGAUGUCUUAGUCAUAACUAUCGAGCGGACUUUUCCAUUAUUGAAUUUUGUGAGUAAAAAUGUGAUUUAUAAACGUCUUGAUGUCGAAGAGACGUGGAAGAUAGCCGAAAUAUUGAGUUUGAAGUUUGAUGAGGGGAGCAAUGGGCUCAUCAUCACACACAAGCAGAAAAGUCAACCGAAGAAAUUUCUGUUUGCGUCAUCAUUAAAUCGUGCGGAGUUCACCAUUUUGUUACUCCAACAAAGUGACACGCAAACAACCGACAAACCGAUAUCUUGUGACAAAACUAAAAAGGAGUUAACUGAUUACAUUGAAUUAGAAAAAAAGCGGCAAAACACGGACGGGCGGCUUCAUUUAGUUUCCAAAGAGGAUGAGAUUAUAUUAAAAAAGAUGUUAAAAGACGAAGGUUCGAAGAUUGACAUCGAUCAAUUACAAAAGAAGUUAGAAAAGCAGAUCAUAGUCGACGAAGCUUCUUUAUACAAAAAUUACUUGAACCGUCAACAAAUUGGACAAAACGUCACAGUUUUAUUCGAAGAGGCUGAAACGGCUUUAGACGACUUAGAAAAGCUCUGCGCGCAACUUGAAACGGAUGUCGAGACCAUCCGCCCCGGUGUUGAGUUAAUUCAACACAACAACAAUAAGUUAGAGUUGGUCCAUUCCAAUCAAAUGCAGUUCAUGGAGUGUAUGGAGAAGUUCAUUGACUCUUUAUUGAUCGAUCCCGUCUCGUUAUAUACCGUCCAGAACUGCGAAAGCGACUUGAAGAACGCAACGAACUUGGACAACAUCUGUAAGUCCGCGACAGAAGUUGCGUAUGCGGCGAAUUAUAGUCCACCCGAUGAGAUGCGCGACAUGAUCGCGCUGAAAGAGGAACAAAGUUAUGACGUCCAAGUCCUCAAGAAUUUUGCAAAUGAGUUAAGUUGCAUUCUCCAAGACAAAUUGAAGGUCGAAAUGGACUUCUUGAAGAUCAAUAAAGUCAUCGACUUCGGUAGCGCUUUAUUUGGAAAGGAAAAGACGCAAAAGGAGACUUUAGAGAACGCACAUAAGUCUUUGGAACCCUUCGGUGGACUCAUCGCGUGGCUUCGGAAGUACUCGAACGACGACUUUGUUGCAGUGAGAAAUCAAUACGUCGACAAGAUGAGUAAAAUAGCCAACGAACAUUUCUCGAUCUUAGUCGACGAACAGAAGAAACAGAUCCUCCCGAUGUCCUCGAAGCAUGAGGACAUGUUCGAUUAUACUACGUUUGAUGGGAAAAAGAUCGAAGGGGUGCAAGGGAUCCCGACGGACUUGUUUUAUGACAACGAUCCGAAGAAGCCGAACAACCUUCCGAUGUUUUUAAUAGUCCAAGAAGUCAUUAAAAACAUCUCAAAGGAAGUCACUGCGGAAUUUAAGUUCUUAUUUGAAGUGUUCCAGAUGGAAGUUGACGGGAGGAAAGGGAUCAAUGUGAUGAUCGACGAUGUUUAUAAAGAGGCGUAUGACGUGAUGGAUAAGUUAAUUAAUGAGAUAGAAGAGAACGACCCGAUGCUGUUAUUAAAAACGGUGUAUUACUGUUUGAAUGCGGAGUGUAGUGUCCAACUGAAUCAAUCGGAUUACACAAACAUCCUUUCAAAAGUCGAACGCCCUGUGGAAGAAAGUGGAGAAGACACGGAAGAGGAGAGUAUGAGGUAUACUACUGGUGAAGAUGGGAAUGAGAAAGAAACAGUGCAAAGGUAUGAAGUGAAAGAUGAUAAAGAAGUUCUGAAGAGAAAUGACUCGUUGUUUGAUUUAAGAGGGACGUAUGACAAUGAAAUCAAUUAUGAUGAAAGUAGUGAAGGAGAACAACAGAAGGUCCAAGGCAGUCGACUUCAAAAAGACUCGACAAGUUUAUUACAAGCAAAUUCGUUGAUGAAAAUCUCACGACAAAAGAACAUCGAAUUGGUCACUAGAAGUGAUCGGAAAAUGGACAUCGAGUGGCUCAUCCACUUCUUCGACGUCUUGAAGAGAAACGCGUUAACGAAAUUUAACACGUUCAUCGACCAGCAAAUAGAAAUUAUAGUGAACACUAUUAUUAACCCUAAAAAACAUGGAGUGACUCUCCACUUCAAACGAUUUCCUUUCUUCUUUGCGUAUUUGAAAGAAGCUGCUGGGUCGGAAUUGGUCUGGAAAGAUAUGAAUGUCUUAGUAGAACCUACUAUUACUAAACUAUUAAGAAAAUCAUUUGACUGGCUCAAAAGUAUUAAAGACUCACAAAUCGACCAGAAACCUACUAUGACUCUUAGAUUCCAAAAUUUCUAUUACUUCGCUGAAUUCUUGGCGGACGAUGUGAUCACGUCAUUAACUCCUUUUAUUAAAGAGGCUAAACAAGAAUAUAUGAUCGCGUUGAAGAACUUGUGCGAAUACCACGUCAAUAUCCACUUCGGAAAGUUCUUCGAGUUCUUCGACCACGUCGCUAGACUCAUCCCGUCUAUGAAAAGACCAGAGGAAAUUGCUUAUCAAUCAAACUACUCAAAACAAAACGCUGCAAAGAUUUGUAAACUCAUCGGAGAGCCAAGCUUGAUUAAGGCUAUCGACUAUAUCUGUAGAAGUAUUAAACACCAUAUCAUCAUGCCAGAACACAGAGAAAAGGCAUGGGGAGAACUCUGUAAGUUCUUGAAAUGUAGAUAUGAGGAGGCGGAGAAUAACUGCAAUAUAGUCUAUAAACAUAAGUUCGACGUACCUUCAGAAAAUCUCGAAAUUCUUUUCAAUAAUUCUAAAGAAAAAACGUACAAGAAGAAUGCAGAUGGCGUUACUAUUGAAGACUCGGAGUAUUCAGAAACCUUCGUUGGAUGA